UUGGAAUCACUUCAACUGCAAAAUUGAUGAGAAAAUCAUCAAAGCAACUGUGAGACUGUAAAAUUUAGCCACGUUACUUUCUUCUGGAAUGGGAAUCGCUCUGGAUGCUUUAACCCUGAAAUGGAGGAAUAUGUGGAAAUUCCAAGUGAUAGUGGAAUCUCAUUCAACGUCCAGCCAAAGAUGAAGGCAUUGGAGAUUGCUGAAAAGGCAAGGGAUGCUAUUCUGAGCAAGAAGUUUGAACAGGUACAUGUUAACCUACCCAAUGGGGACAUGGUGCGGCAUAUUGGUGACAUUGAGGCCACAAUUGUUGCCUGCAAGGCUGCUGAUCAAGCUGUCAAGGUUCCCAUUGCUAUUGGAGGCCACGGACUGGCACCUGGUUUUCGGUUCCGCAAGGAUCUUCCGAGUGGUGGUCUUGCCAAUGUUGCUGCAACUAUGAUCAAUCUGCAUGGAUUUGAGGCCCCUUCCCAAGAGAACAUAGGGAAAAGAAUUCUCACUCUAUUAUUUCCUAAAUUUUGAUGUUAGGUUACAAAUG